AUGGAUCUGAGACCGGAGCACCCCUCAGUCUCCUCUGCCUCGCAGGUCCACCCGGGACUGGCGGCCGCGGCAGCAGCGGCAGCAGCGGCAGGCUCCAUCCCGGUGUCCAUGGCCAGCAGCCUGAUGCGCGGCCCUCAGCUGAUCCUGCGCACCUCGGACAAGUACCCGCGCACCCCGAAGUGCGCCCGCUGCAGGAACCACGGCGUCGUGUCCGCGCUGAAGGGCCACAAGCGCUACUGCCGCUGGAAGGACUGCAUGUGCGCCAAGUGCACGCUGAUCGCCGAGAGGCAGCGGGUGAUGGCGGCGCAGGUGGCGCUGCGGCGGCAGCAGGCGCAGGAGGAGAACGAGGCCCGGGAGCUGCAGCUGCUCUACGGCACCGCGGAGGGACUCGCCCUGGCCGCCGCCAACGGCAUCAUCCCACCUCGGCCCAACUACGAGGUGUACGGUUCUGUCAGCAGCGAGAGAGACUCAGGUGAGGGCAGCAGUAUCCAGAAGUAUGAGCUGUUUGCAAAGAGCCAUCACUCCGCCACUCCGCAGCAGUCCCUGGGAAAACCAGCAUCCACCGAGAGCGACUCAGCCCCGGGCAUCUCUUCUCCAGACGGCCGGCACGGAGGCUCAGGUUCGGAGAACGGAGACAGCGAGUCUUUCAUCGGCUCACCCGUGUCCAAGCCUCUGAAGGACGGAGGGGAGACUCCUGGGUCCGUGAGUUCUCUGGGCUCCGAUUCCGGCUCCGAGACCGACAAGGACGAGCAGGAGCCCUCCCCUUCCUCCGCGGCCUCCCGGCACAUGAACGCCAUCGACAUCCUGACCCGGGUGUUCCCCAGCCACAAGCGCAGCGUCCUGGAGCUCGUGCUGCAGGGCUGCGGCAAAGACGUGGUGCAGGCCAUCGAGCAGAUCCUCAACAACAGCGGCGCACAGGGAUCCAACAAGGUCGGGCCCGAGGAGACGUGGACGGCCGAGAGGAUGCUCCAAAGCGCGCAGCCGCCGCCCUCCUCCGCAUCCACAGCCGCCCCGACGAGGCCCUUGUUACCCGGCGCCAUGACGCUGAGUAACCGCUCCGCGUUCUCCCCUCUCCAGCCCAACGCCCCGCAUUUCGGCGCCGACCCCAGCACCUAUCCUCUGGGUACCCACCUGGGACUGAACCCGCUGCGGCUGGCCUACUCUGCGCACAGCCGCGGACUGGCUUUCAUGACGCCCUACUCCACCACCGGCCUGAUGCCCACUCUGGGCUUCAGACCCCCGAUGGAAUACGCCUUCAGCGACCUGAUCAGGGACAGGACAAUGCUGCACAAGGAGCAGGCCUACGCCAGCGGCCUGUACGGGCCCUUGGUCAACAACACACCGGACAAACAGUGA